AUGAGUUUCCAUCCUAAUACUUCUCUUCAUCUAAGCCAACCAGAUGAGAAUCAUCUCAAUCUAGCACUUCUCCUUGAGCCAUCUUCAUCUUCACCUUCACCUAUUAGUCCCAUUGAGCCUCGAAUAUUCUCAUGCAACUAUUGCCAGAGAAAGUUUUACAGCUCUCAAGCCCUUGGGGGCCACCAAAAUGCUCACAAGUUGGAAAGGACACUGGCCAAGAAGAGCAGGGAACUCAAUUCAACCAUGCAACCUUAUGGAGGACCUGAGCAGCGAUCAAACUUCACUGCUUCACACCCUUUUAGUCAUGCUCUUGGGGUCCUUGAUAGCCAAGGACAAAGCUUGAGGCUUGGUGGAAGGAAAGACUUUAGUUAUGGUUCCAAGGAAGGGGUGGCUUCUUGGUCAAGGGGUUAUACUUCUGAACAUGUUCAGGAGGAUAUUAGCCAACUUGACUUGUCGUUAAGAUUUCUCAUAAUAAAUGAAUUAUUUUUUUUUGUAAAAAAAAUGCAAUUUGUUCUGUAA